AUGCCUUUAAUCAUCUCGUUUUAUUCAUUGUUUUCCUAGUUGCUGGAUGUCCAUUGAAGGUGGAAUGAUGUUUUCCUUCAUUGUGCCUGUUUCAUUGCUUAUAAUGAGCAACACUGUAACCAUGUUGUUGAUAUUGAAACGCUUCUUUGCUUACAAGCCUAUUACACACAAGAUUGAAAUUGAACGUGUUGAACCUUCACUUCGAUCGGGUGUAUCAUUGUUGCCCUUUUUUGCUGUCAACUGGUUUUUAAGUGUAUUAGCCUUAGAGGAUACGGCGACAAACAUUUUUCAAUAUUUAUUCUCAUUUUGUAAUCUAAUUCAGCAUCUAUUGAUUUUCCUAUUCCACUGUUAUCAAAGACCUGAGAUUCAUCAAAUAUUCGCAAUCUAUUUCUAUAAUGGUAAUUAUAAUCGGACCGACAAGUCUAACCUGAAAUCAAAGAAAAAUUAUUGGUGUUCAGCAAAUUGUGCCACUGUACCUUUGUUGAUCUAUUCAGAUGAUGGAUCUAACCGAUUACCAGAAAACUGUUUUGAGGAUCCUGCUAGUGACAUGGGAAGGUUAAAAGAUCAAUGAGACAAUGUUGAUAAUUAGCUCAAUUGAUAAUCGAGACUUGAUUGACUCAACCAAUGUCAAUGUCAAUGGAUUAAAUAUGAUUAUUGAUAUUGUUAAUCAAUAAUUGGCGGAUUAUGGAAAGCAAAAAUAACGUCUCAACGAUCAUCAGAGUGCCAAAAAUGACUCCAAUUGAUUUAGCUGUAAUCUGGAAAUUUCAGCUUCUCAAUAGAUCAUCUCAUCUAUAAUGAAAAUAAUCAUCAAAAUGAAUAAUUUCACAUCAGUUAUUCUGAUAAAACAUGAACGUUUAGUCAACUCUUUUUUCCUUUGGAUUAACUCAGUCUUAUUUUCCUUGUCCUUUGUCCUUUAAUCGUCAUUAAAUCAUGAUUUUAUUGUCCAAAACGUGAUAAUUAUUCAAAUUGUUUAACUGCAAGAAGAGACAAGAAUAAAUUAUUAAAAAUUCAA